AAUAAAAGAAAAUCAAUAGUAACCAGAAACCGACAAAAGAGUGAAAACGGUUUUACCUUUCUUCUUCUUCGUCUUCUUCGGAUUUCUACUGCUACUGCACUCCCAUAGCUCUCACCAUGACGACGACGACGACGACGAUCAUCCAUUUUUUCCUGCACCGCAUUGCUAGAUUCUUCUCUUUCUUUUUUGGGUUUUGAGAUUUGAUCUCCAGGGGCCUGUUUGUUUCCCGAGAAAACAGCUCGUUUCCACUCUCCGCUUCUCCGGUUUCUGCUUCUGAAGAUCAGGCGAUCGGAAUCGAUGGGGAAAGCUACGGGGAGCGGAGAUUGGACUCAGAUCUACACAAUAUACGGCAUAGAACAAUGGCAGACUCUCGUCUUCCUCCUCUUCCACGCCUUCUUCUUCUCCGUCCUAUCACUCCUCUUCCUCCUCUACUUCGACCAGCUUUGCCUCUUCCUCAGCUCCCCCUCCUUCGUACUCUCCUUCGGCACGGCGAGGCUAGUCACCGGAUUCAUCUGCGUCAUCACGGCUCUCUCUGCCGUGUGCCUGCUCUUCGCGGCGGCGAACUUUGUCUACUCCGACGUGCCGCUGCGGUACGUGAUGGCUCAGACGAUGGUGGGAUCCGUCGGCGACUGGUCGAGCGUGAAGACAGCGCUCGACCUCGGCUGUGGCCGCGGCAUCCUCCUGAAUGCGGUGGCUACGCAGCUCAAGAAGACCGGAAGCUCGGGCUGCGUCGUCGGCUUGGACCGCUCCAAACGCACCACUCUCUCCACUCUCCGCACCGCCAAACUCGAAGGAGUGCAAGAGUACGUGACGUGCCGUUCGGGGGAGGUGAGGACAUUGCCGUUCGGGGACAACUACUUCGACGUGGUGGUGUCGUCGGUGUUCGUCCACACGGUGGGGAAGGAGCACGGCCAAAGGACGGUGGAGGCGGCGGCGGAGCGGAUGAGAGUGAUCGGAGAGAUGGUCAGAGUACUGAAACCCGGCGGAGUAUGCGUCGUGUGGGACCUCCUCCACGUCCCCGAGUACGUUCGAAGGCUCCACGAGCUCAAGAUGGAAGACAUCCACGUCUCGAACCGAGUCACCGCCUUCAUGGUCUCUAGCCACAUCGUCUCCUUUCGGAAACCGAGUGAACUCGUCGCCGGACCCGGCGAGGUCUGCUUGGACUGGAGAUGCUGACGUGUCAAUUAUUUUUUUUUCCGUGAUUUGGUUAUUACAAAUUAGACUAAGAAUAUUUUUUUAAUAUAAAAA